AUGUUUGACGAUGAAGACGCAGACGGCUUGACGAUUCCUCACAAUGAUGCACCGGUAAUAUCUUUACUUGUACAUGAUAGUAAUGUAAAUCGCAUUUUGAUUGACCCAGGGGAAGUUGUACUGGCCACAUUUGCAGAAGGAGUCAUCAAAGAUACGAAGUUCCAAGUGAUAGAUGCGAACAUGGCCUAUAACAUAAUCUUGGGAAGAUCGUGGAUUCAUGAUAUGGAUGAUGUCCCGUCCACGUUGCAUCAAGUUAUCAAAUACCCUUCACAGUGGGGAAUCUGGCAAAUCCGCAGAGAUUAA